GUUUGUAAACGCCACGGUUCACGACAUUCAGGUUUGGGACAGUAGUCAGCCGCAUUAUUAUCUGGAACAAUGGAAAGACAAUCUGUUGAGACCGUCGUCUCCGCUGGGGGUUGCGGCUACCACUACCGCACAACUAGACCCCUUUCUCGCCACCAAGGGUAGGCAGUUCGCCUUGGUUACGGCUAUAGCCCAAUUGGCCGCAUCCUCUCAUCUGCCCAUAAUGACAUGCCGGAACUCUACCUGCUGUUGAUGAAGAUGUCGCUGGCCGACGAGACGCCCUCAGCAUUGGCGGCGAGACACGCCAUCGCCGGGCUGUCAUAUCAGCACCUCGGCCAGCACAAGACAGCAGCGAUGCAUCAAACCAAGUCCUUGCGCGCAUUGCAGACCGUCAUCGGCAGGCUCGCCGCCGGGGAUCUGGAGGCUACGCAGGCGUUGCGGGCCAUGGCCGCCAGCAUGCUGCUCAACAUCUUCGAGACCCUGAAUUUUGACCGUUCGCCCCUGCAUUGGACCAUCUUUUUCUGCGGCUGCAAGAAGAUUCUGAAUCUCUUCCACGUCCCACACACGACGUACGAAGGGGACCCGGCCCUGAUCCUCGACUGGAUCUUCUACCACGACACGCUGUACAAGUUCAGCGAACGGCAUUGGUAUCCCAGACACCCCCGGCUUGUUCAGCUGGCCAAGCAGGAGAAAAUCAUUUCCAAAGCCAAGCUCUCGCCGAUGCGGCAUAUUAUUCUUCCCAUAACAGGCUGCUCCCUCCAUCUGCUCGUCCUCCUCAGCCAGAUCGUCGACGCCGUUCACGACCGCACCGACCCACGCCACCUCAGCCCAUCCCAUCUCGCGACCAUCCACUCCCUCGAGCAGCAGCUCUCCGCCCUCACCCAACUCCCUUCCAACCGCAUCUCCGCCGCCCUGAACGCGGACGACAACAAGCACGCACACGAGCCCGCCGCGGGACUCCCGCCCGAAGAAUCCGCAGAAACCCGCCAAGCCGAACUCUACCGCCUGGCAGCACACAUCUACCUGCUGCGCGUCGCGCGCGCCGCGCCGCCCACGGACCCGACCGUGCUCGCGCUCGUGGACAAGGCGCUCGACCUGCUGCGCCGCUCCUCGCCCGGCUGUUCGCGGCCCUGGCCGCUGUUCGUCGUGGCGCUGGAGGCGCGGACGGACGCGCAGCGCCGCGUGGUCAGCGACGCGCUGCGCGACGGCCUGGCCCGCCGCCCGCUGGGCAAUCUGCAGAUCGUCCGGAGGAUGGUGCAUGCCGCGUGGGUGCAGAUCGAUCUGCAUGCCGAGAGCGGGACGGGGGAGGACGUGAUGGGCGUGUACAACACGGUCGUGAGUGGGUUGAGGGUGCCGCCUUCUUUUACUUGAGCAGCUCAAGGAACGGAAGGGUGGGUGGUUGGUUGGGGGGUGAAGGGAGAGACUCGGCUGGGAGUUGAUG